AUGCUCGAUGGUUAUUCAAAUGUAAAACCUAUAUGCGAGCAUGCUAAUACUAAGGUUUUUAUUGCAACAAAUAAUCUUGAUCAGCAAUUAGAGAUUAUAACUCAGAUAUCUAACCUUAAUUUAAGUGAAAUAGAUAUCAAAUCAUUCAAAGCAAACUUCAACAUUUUAAGUAAACUCAGUCAUCCAGCUAUAUCUAUACCAUAUAAAUUUAAAAUAUUACAAAACUCAUUAUCCACGAUAUUCUUGUUUGCCAAAACGAAUACGACUAAAACAAUGGACGAUUAUUUAGUUAACGUAACGCAAAAUGAAUACAAUCCAGAAAUGUCUAUAUUAUUUUCAGCAGGAGUUAUAUCUGCAAUUACGUAUCUUCAUUCCAACAACAUAGUAUGCAAUGACAUUACAUUUGACUCGAUUUUAAUCGAUGAAAAUUUAUUUCCGAUUUUUUCAUCAAUUGGAACAUAUUUUUUGCUUCCUUCACUGGGUCCACCAUCAGAUUUACACGAUUCAGUUUUCGUUGCGCCAGAGUUACAAACGAUUUACGCUCCCAAUUUUAUGACCGAUAUGUUUUCUUUAUCAAUGGUCAUUUGCAGAUUUUUUUCACAAGGCUAUAAAUUCAAACCAAGUCACAAAUCAGGAUCAAUUGGAUUUAAGCUUCUAAACGGAUUUCGACCAAUUUUUGAUGUAAGAGCUCCUUUAUUUAUUCAAUCCAUUAUGGAAUCAUGCUGGACGCAAGAGCCGCAAAGGAGACCAUCUGCAAAUCAAGUGCAGCGAUUAUUUCUUUCAGGCUGUCAAUUUUAUUCUUCAAUUCAAAAUUCCGAAAUUAUUACUAAUUAUUUUGAUGUUUUAAAGGAAUUCUUAAAUGUUUCAAGGAUAGAUACAAUAAUACCUGUUAUUGAUUGUCAACUCCUCGAUAAUUAUGGAAAAAAUAGAGCAAUUCAUUUUAUUAAGCUACAAGAUUAUAUCCUUUCAGUUACUAAGAAGAAUUAUGAUGAUACAUUAAAAAGCAUAUCAGAAUUCCUCAAAUUACAUCAUAAUAGAAAACAUAUAAUUAGUAUAAUUUGGAUUGCUGCAAAUGUCAGAUAUAAGAAGCUGAAUCUAUUAGCCAAACUUUUAAAAGACAUUAUGGAGCUAAACUCCAAGUUCGACAAGCUUCCUGAAGAAAUUUUUGAAAAAUCUUUUCUAGAAAUUGCAAAAUACAAUCCAUUACCAGCAAUGAAGAGUAGAAUAGCUUUUAUUAGAGAACUGUACUGGAUUGAUUUAAUCCAGAAACAAAGAAUUAUUGAAGAAAUCAAAAAUUUAUUUAAUAACGAAGAUUCACAGGUGAAUUCAUUAUUACCCUUUUGCUGGUUCGCUGAUAUUGUUCAUUCAGAUGAUAUUGCAUUAUAUAAUCAAGUUAUUAGCUUUAUCGAAUCUCAUUUACACGAUGAUUUCUUUCCAAAAGUGUAUUUGAACUUUUAUAAGAACAUAGAGUUCUACAGUAAGGAUAAUUGGUCAUUCUACAACGAUAUCCUUAAGCUAGGAAAUACAGAUGAUGAAUUAUUAAAUGCAAUUAAAAAAGAUGACACUGUUAGCUUUGGAAAGUUUGCAAAAUCAUUUCAGAAACCAUUGAAAGUACAAAUUCCUAUAAAUGUAUUUGAAAGAUGUCCUCUUAUCAAAGAUGAUAUUUUUAUUCAACUUUAUUCAAUGGUUUACGGAUCGAUGAAGAUUUAUCAUCAGUUCUCUAUUAAUAAAUGCCAGGUUGGAGCAGAUAAAGAAUAUCGAAAAUCAGCUCAAUAUGCUGCUGCCAUUGGUUGUGAGCCGAUUUACUCAUCAGUGAUCUUAACUAAAGUUAAGAUGGACGAAUCUGUCCAUACUGCUGCCGAAUUCCAUCAGAAUGACUUAUUUGAAUUUAUUAUUUACGGAAAUAACGAGUUUAUGAGGAUAAACAAAGAUGGGAGAUUAACUCUUACAGUUGCAGCAGGAGCAAAUAAUAUAUAUGUCCUACUUAAAUGCAUUAAUUUAGGUCAAUCAGUAAAUUCAACUGAAGUUUUCGGGAGAACAGCUUUACAUGCUGCUGCAUUCAAUGGUGCUGUUGAAUCUCUAUCAAUCCUUCUCUCUAUGUCAGAAAUCGAUGUUAACAGAAAGGAUAAUUUCGGAGAAACUCCUUUUUAUUUAGCUUGUGAGAGAGGAAAUUUCUUCUCUGUUAAGCAAUUUUUGAGUGAUAAGAGAGUUGAUGUAAAUGCUGCAAAUGAAGAUGGGAAAACACCGUUAAUGGCAGCUGCAGAGUCAGGAAACUUAGAAUUGAUCAAAUUACUUUUGAAAACUAAAGCGAUAGAUCAAAAUCUUCAAAUGGAAAAUGGACAAACUGCAUUCCAUUGUGCCGCUUCCUAUGAUUUGAAGGCUUUUGAAUUUAUGGUAAGAAAUGGAAAUUAUGAUAACUCAAUUGUUGAUAGAAAGGGAAGGACUGCCAUAGAUAUUGCUAUCAAGAAUGGAUUUGAUAGCUCGGUUAUUGAAUCCUAUUGUCGUAUAUAA